AUGACGGGUUCGAUCGCCUGGAGCAGUCCUCCAUCCUUCCAUGUUCUCGAGCAUCACAUCGCCCUUCCCUCACACUGCGACCCCACAACACCGUUUUUACAAUGGUUCUCCGCUAGCUUUCACGUUUGCACGCCGACGCCUCUUGCCUUCCUAUCAUCCCUCUUCGGUAUCCUUUCGAUAUGCUCCUGGCUGUUCGCUCAACUUCCACAAAUAUACAAGAACUGGAAAUUGCGAAGUACUGCUGGGUUAUCUUUCUUCUUCUUAACGGAGUGGCUACUUGGAGACCUGAGUAACUUGAUCGGGGGCCUAUUUACUGGACAGGCGACAUGGCAGGUUGUUUUGGCCACCUACUAUGUCUUUGUAGAUGUUUGUCUAUGUCUGCAAUGGGUUUGGUACACCGGCCUAGACACCUCACCACCGCAGAAUGGACAGAAAUAUCAUUAUGGUACAACAUCUGGCGGAAUUUUCCGGUCCCCGAAAUAUACUACUUCGCCUCUCAGAUCUGCGUCAGACGAGGAUUCCACAUCCCCUGAAUCGAACGCUCGCAAAAUAGCACGGUACGGCACAGGCACAUCACCCAUGCUAUCUCCUCGUACUGUAUUAUAUACGGCCCUUAUUCUGUCACUUGUAACGCAUGGUUCGGCUACCCCAUACCCAUAUCAUGCGAUUCGCGCACUCGCCACACGGGACUCCGGCGAUAUUGUUCGACCAUCUACCACCGGGGAUCAGUCAUCUCCGACUCAAAUCAUCGGAACUGUUGUUUCUUGGAUGAGUACAUUCCUCUACCUUGGCUCACGUCUCCCGCAACUCCUACACAAUUUCCGGCGACGGUCGACUGCCGGACUCUCUCUUUCCUUGUUCGCCGCCGCAUUUUGCGGUAACCUAUUCUACUCACUCUCCAUGCUGGCAAACCCUUGCGCCUGGAACGACUUCGAUGCCCCAAGCGCACCUGGUUGGGUCGGAAAGGAUGGAUCCAAUCGAAUCGACUGGGUCACCCGCGCUCUUCCUUUCUUCCUCGGCGCCGCGGGCGUCUUGGUCAUGGACGGCGCUGUGGGUUUGCAAUUUUGGUGGUAUUCAACCCAUCGCCAAACUGCACGAAGCGGCCGACACAAAGGGGAAAUUCCCGUCCCUUGUGAUGAAGAAAGGCAAAGCUCGGGCCGAGCGAAGUGGCACUGGCGACGAGUCAGCGGAUGGAUGCGCGGCUGGAUACCUAGUGUAUCUCUGCCGGGAAGUGUAACUGCAUCUCCCCGAUACGGCUCGCCAUUAUCAUCCAGCCCAUACGGCACAUCCGGCGUUUCUGUUCGCGUCGACGAUCCUGAUGAAAUUGCGCCGGCCUCGCAGGGAAUUGGCGUACGGGUCGCGGAGUGGGAAGCGGAGCAGCGCAUGAUGGCGGAGCAGGAAGGAGAGGAGCGGAGGAGGCUAUUAGAAAGGGAUGAGGGACGGCAGACAGAUGAAGGGGACGAGAGAAGAUCAGGAUACGGUGCAGUCUAAUCGUCACCCGUGUUUGGGCAGGCUCUUUGAUACCUAUCGCAUUGUUUGGGGGGGUAUGGAUAUCCUAGACCCAUGGGUUUGAAUACACCUGAUAGCAUUAGCAUUUUAAGGGUCUCC